AUGGAGAUUGUUGAUAUUAAUCAACUACCAGUUGUCGAGCCGAUAGAGCGGCCCCUUCAUCUUCGGCGAAUGCGCGUUUGGAGAUCGCAUUCAAGACCCUAUCCAGAAAUAGUAGUUCAACCCCCAACGUCACUUUCCCCAGCCCUUUCACUUUCUCCUGUACUGCCUUCAAGACCCUGCCCUGAGGUGAUGGAUCCACCGCCUUCUAGUGCCGAUGUUGCUAUUGACGAGUCACAACUUUCCUCAACUCUUGCACCUUCGCCUGGACUCGAAACGGAGUCUGAUGAAAGCGACGAUGACGAGGUGGUGAUACCGGCGUCUGUACCGAGGAAGAUCAGGUUGAUGAUGGACACGCCAACCGAUGAUCAUCCCAUCGAUUUGGAACGGCCCACCGACAACUUGGCAGGGAAACCUACAGAUGUUGUCACCUCAGCUGAGGACACAUCUACUAACACUGCUGUCUACCAGCCCAGCAAAUUCUUAGAUUUUCAGUGGAGAUCGCCCAGUUCCACCUGA